UGUGCGAGGACAACGCAUAGUAGCCAUAAGCUUCACUGCAUGAGUCGGCACACUGUAGCACGUGAUCCAAGAUUUUGGCUGAGCGUGUGCGAGUGCAUCUCCCGUCUCCGCGUCUAGUCUACCGUCCUUCUCAUCUUCUUUGCCGCCACUCCUCUCAUGUCGAAUUUUUCACCAUCUGCAACCUAUGAACCCAAGUCAAGAAGAUCGCGUGUACCUCGAUCUGACGAUGAGGAACAAGCCGCGUCCCGCCCCUUCGCUCUCGAGACGCUCUUUCAGGCCGGCCUGCCCCUAUUCCUUGAUCCACCCGCUGAUCGGAUCCCCUUGUCUCCGUUGUUGAACCAGAUACUGGGCGAAUGCGACAGUCCGGAUGGCCGUGCGUGCAACACUGCUAGUGCGACGCCGCACGGUUCGAUCUCGAUGGUGGCACACCCAUCCUUCGCCUCGUUGGUCGAGUGCAAUGCAGCAGAAGCGAACUCGUCCGCCGCCCGCCUGGAUCUCUGGCGCUUCGCGGAUGCGAAUCUGCCUCCGCGAGUCGGUCCACCAAUACUUAACAAGCAGCGGCGUCUUCCUCUUCUACCGCCUCUGGCGCCUCCGCACCUUUUGAGUCUCUACGGUGCCCAUCCUUACCCGGCGGAGUCCUUGCUCCGCCAGCCCCCUACCUGUCAUCUUCCGCCUUCCAUCUCAUUCACUGCCCUCUUUCUGGCUGGGCGACUCGGGCUAUGCAGUCUCCGAGUUCGUCAUGCCUUCGUCCGCGCCGUGCUCACCCACUGUGCAUGCGCAAGCUCAAGCUCAAGCCUUGCACACCACCGACCUGAGCUCGCUGCUAUCUUAUCAUGUUAGUUUUCGAGAACCCACCUGCCAAUUCUCUGUUUCUCUGUCUCAACCUCGCGCGUCCGGCGGGAUUCGAGCUUCAAGUGCAUGGCUUUCCAGGCAACAUCGCUCAGCUCAACCCCGCAAGCCUAACGUCGAUUCAGAUACGUGGUGCUCGGAUACGUAAUGCUCCUUUCCC